GGGCGGGAGGGAGGGAGGGAGGAGGGAACGGGCCGAGGCAAGCCGAACCGAGCCCAGCCAGCCCAACCCGGCCCUGCCCAGCCCGACCCGGCCCGGCCCAGCCUGGCCCCGCGGAGCCCAGGGAGUCCAGCCCGGACCCCCGCCCAGGUCCCUACUGGAGACAGACCGAGGAAGGAGGCGAAGAUGAAACCCAUGAAGAAAGCGGGCGCGCUCCCCGGGCACAGCGGCAGCAGCAAGUCCCCCCCGGCCACCAGGGCCAAGGCCCAGAAGCGCCGCACGGCGGGCGAGGGGGGCCGGGACGAGGAGGACGAGCAGCAGCAGCAGCAGCAGGACGAGGAGGCGCCCCCUGCGGAGGAGGAGGAGGAGCGGCUCCCGGAGGGCGAGGCCGCCUCGGCUCAGCCGCCCCCCGCGGGACCCCCCGAGGACCCCGCGCAAGCUCUGGCGCCGGCCGAGGACCCCAAGGGGGAGGGGGAGCCCGGCCGCUGGGAGCCUUCCCUGAGCCGGAAGACCGCCACCUUCAAGUCGAGGGCCCCCAAGAAGAAGUACGUGGAGGAGCACGGCGCGGGGGGGGGCAGCGGGCCGGAGGAGCCCCCGGCCACCCCCGAGGAGGGCAGGGCCUGCGCCCUGCCGGCCCCGCCGCCCGCCUCCGCGCGGUCAUCCUCCACGGACACAGCCAGCGAGCACUCGGCCGACCUGGAGGAGGAGCCGCCCGAGCCCGGCCCCCCGGCGCCCUGGCCCCCCGGCUCCGCGGGGGCCGCGGCCUGUGACCUGCGCCUGCUGCGCUCCCAGAAGGUCCUGGCGCGGCGGGACGGGCUCUUCGUGCCCGCCGUGGUGAAGCAGGUCCGGCGCAGCCAAGACCUCGGCGUGCAGUUCCCCGGGGACCGGGCCCUGACCUACUACGAGGGGGCGCUGGCCGGCGGCGUGGACGUGGUCCUGGACGCCACGCCGCCCCCCGGGGCGCUGGCCGUGGGCACCGCCGUGUGCACCUGCGUGGACCCCGGCGAGGCGGCCUACCGCGAGGGCGUGGUGGUGGAGGUGAACGCCAAGCCGGCCUCCUACAAGGUGCGCCUGAGCCCCGGGCCCCCCGCGGGGCUCCCGCUGAGCCCGCCCCCCAGGGACCCCGAGGCCGUCUGGGUGGGCCGCUCCAGCCUGCGCCUCCUGCGCCCCCCCUGGGGCCCCGAGGAACGGAGGAAGCUGCCGCCGGAGGCCGCCCCCGGGGAGCAGGGAGAGGAGCCGGCGCGGAGCCCGCCGCCCCCGCCGCCGCCGCCGCCCCCCUGCCCCCCCGGCCUGGAGCCCAAGCAGCCGGAGGACGCCGAGGUCUCCAAGAUCAGCUUCGGCCAGGCGGCCCCGGAGGAGGAGGAGGAGAAGCGGCCCCCCGCCUGCGCCGCCGCCCAGCCUCUGCUGCCGCGGCCCCCGCCCCAGCUGCUCUCGCCGCCCCCCAAGUCCCCGGCCUUCGCCGGGCCCGGCCGCCCCCCCGAGCAGCCCUCCCCCGGGCAGGACGGGGCCGGGACCUCCCUGGAGCGGGGGGCGGCGCCGCCGGCCCGGGCCCGGACGCCCCUCACGGCCGCCCAGCAGAAGUACAAGAAGGGGGACGUGGUGUGCACGCCCAACGGCAUCCGCAAGAAGUUCAACGGCAAGCAGUGGCGGCGGCUGUGCUCGCGCGACGGCUGCAUGAAGGAGUCCCAGCGCCGGGGCUACUGCUCGCGCCACCUGUCCAUGCGCACCAAGGAGAUGGAGGGGCUGGCCGAGGCGGGCGCGGGCGCGGGCCCCGGGGGGGCCGCCCGCCCCCCCGCCCGCGAGGGCAGCGCCGAGUUCGACUGGGCCGACGAGACCUCGAGGGACAGCGAGGCCAGCAGCGUGGCGGCGCGCGGGGACUCGCGGCCCCGCCUGGUGGCGCCCGCCGACCUGUCGCGCUUCGAGUUUGACGAGUGCGAGGCGGCCGUGAUGCUGGUGUCUCUGGGCAGCUCGCGCUCCGGGACGCCCUCCUUCUCGCCCGUCUCCACCCAGUCGCCCUUCUCCCCGGCCCCCUCGCCCUCGCCCUCGCCCCUCUUCGGCUUCCGGCCCGCCAACUUCAGCCCCAUCAACGCGUCCCCCGUGAUCCAGCGCACCGCCGUCCGCAGCCGGCAUCUGAGCGCCAGCACCCCCAAGGCCGGCGUGCUGACCCCGCCGGAGCUGGGCCCCCACCCGCCGCCCCCCGCCCCCCGGGAGCGCCACUCCUCGGGCAUCCUGCCCACCUUUCAGACCAACCUGACCUUCACGGUGCCCAUGAGCCCCGGCCGGCGCAAGCCGGAGCUGCUGCCCCACCCGGGGGGGCUCGGGGGCCCCGGGGGCGCGGGGGGCCCGGACUUUCAGAAGGCCGACAGCCUGGACUCCGGAGUGGACCCCGUCUCCCACCCCCCGACCCCCUCCACGCCGGCCGGCUUCCGGGCCGUGUCGCCGGCCGCGCCCUUCCCCCGCUCCCGCCAGCCGUCCCCGCUGCUGCUGCUGCCCCCCCCGGCCGGCCUCACAUCCGACCCCGGCCCCUCGGUGCGGCGGGUGCCGGCCGUGCAGAGAGACUCUCCCGUGAUCGUCCGAAAUCCCGACGUCCCGCUGCCUUCCAAGUUCCCCGGGGAGGUGGCCGCGGGCGGGGAGACCCGGGCCGGCGGCCAGCCCAGCAGAGCUGGGCGAGAGCACCCCGGCGCCCCCGGGGCGAACAGUGGGAAGCCGGGCCCGCCCCCGCCCCUGCCCGCCCCCGUCCCCAUCAGCGUCCCCCCCGCCGGGCCGGCCGCCGUGGCUCAGCCGGGCCCGGCUUUUGGACUGGCCUCCUCACCGUUCCAGCCGGUCGCCUUCCACCCCUCGCCCACCGCCCUGCUGCCCGUCCUCGUGCCCAGCAGCUACCCUGGGCACCCCGCCCCCAAGAAGGAGGUCAUCAUGGGCCGGCCUGGGACAGUGUGGACAAAUGUGGAGCCACGCUCAGUGGCCGUAUUUCCCUGGCACUCGCUUGUCCCAUUCCUGGCACCCAGCCAGCCUGACCCUUCUGUUCAGCCCAGUGAGGCCCAGCAGCCAGCCAGCCACUCUGUCUCCUCUAGCCAGAGCAAAGAGCCCGCAGAGUCCGCGGCAGUAGCCCACGAGCAAUGCUCCAGUGGGACAGGAGGCCCAGAAUCUGGACGGCCACCUGGGGCUACCUGCCCCGAGAGCCCAGCUCCCGGCCCUCCCCAAGCCCCUGGGGCUUCCGAAGGCAGCAAGGUUCCACCUCAGCAUUCUGAGGAGGAAGGCCCCGGGCCUACCGGGGAGAGCCGGCUGGAUAGCGAGACUGAGAGUGACCACGAUGACGCGUUCCUCUCUAUCAUGUCUCCUGAGAUCCAGUUGCCACUCCCACCAGGAAAACGCCGGACACAGUCCCUCAGCGCCUUGCCCAAGGAGAGGGACUCUUCCUCCGAGAAGGAUGGGCGCAGCCCCAACAAGAGGGAGAAGGAUCACAUCCGACGGCCCAUGAACGCCUUCAUGAUAUUCAGCAAGCGACACCGGGCCCUGGUGCAUCAGCGCCACCCAAACCAGGAUAACCGGACCGUCAGCAAGAUUCUGGGCGAGUGGUGGUAUGCUCUGGGACCCAAGGAGAAACAGAAGUACCACGAUCUGGCCUUUCAGGUGAAGGAGGCCCACUUCAAGGCCCACCCGGACUGGAAAUGGUGCAACAAGGACCGGAAGAAGUCAAGCUCAGACGCCAAGCCCGUGGCCCUCGGCCUGGCGGGAGGUCCCAAGGAGAUGCGAGAGCGCAGCAUGUCCGAGACCGGCACGGCAGCCGCCCCUGGAGUCUCGUCAGAGUUACUGUCGGCAGCAGCCCAAACCUUGCUGGGCACGGAGGUCAAGACCCCGGCCUCUGGCCCUGGGACCGCAGAACGGCUCCACGCCGCGGGGCCCGGCCCCACCAGGCCUCGAGCGUUCUCCCACAGUGGUGUGCACGGCUUAGACGGGGGUGAGCCGGACAGCCAGGCGCUGCAGGAACUCACCCAGAUGGUGUCGGGUCCAGCUCCCUACACGGGACCGAAGCCUGCACCUCAGUAUGGAGGCCCGGGGCCUUUUGCCACUCCCAGCGAGGGCGGAACCUUGGCGGGCGGGCGGCCCCCGAUGCUGCCGGCGCGGCCGUCCCGCUCCCAGCGCACGGCCAGCGAAGACAUGACCAGCGACGAGGAGCGGAUGGUCAUCUGUGAGGAGGAAGGCGACGAUGACGUCAUCGCGGACGACGGCUUCGGCAGCGCCGACAUCGACCUGAAGUGCAAAGAGCGGGUGACGGACAGCGACAGCGAGGACAGCUCCGGGGAGGACCCCGAGGGCGCCAAGGGCUUUGGCAGGAAGUUGUUCUCACCUGUGAUCCGGUCAUCCUCUUUGUCUACUGCCUUCACUCACUGCCGCCCACCCCUGGAGUCUGAACCCCCCGGAGCCCCUGACCCAUCUUCAGCUUUUUCCAAGGGCUACGGGCCCACGCCAUCCUCCUCCUCCUCCUCCUCUUCCUUCCAGUUGGCCCCCGGGACCUUCAAGACCCAAGAGUCUGGUCGAGGUGUUGCCACAGGGCCUCUUCGUGCCCAGCACUCGGUCGGGGGAGGCCCCCUGCCUCCUAAAGCCCGAUUUCCUCCUGUGGACCCAAAUGCUUAUCGGCGCAAGCGGCCAGAGAGCACGGGAGGGCCGGAGCCCCCUGGAUCCCAGUCCUUCCCCAGCCCCUCGGUCAUCGCCUCGCCUUCUGGAGGGGGUGUCCUGCAGGCCUUAGUGCUGCCCCCCGGGGGCAGCCUGUACCCAGCCAAGGAUCCCCCCGAGCGGGAUGGGAGCGCAGCUGCCCGACUGCCGUCGGCCACGGUGCUGGUGACGGCCCCUGCCUCGCUGGGGAGUGGAGGACUCGCCUAUGGAGCCCCCCCAGCCCCCCCACGCCCCGCUCCAACUGUGGUGACCAAUGUGGUCCGGCCGGUCAGCAGCACCCCGGUGCCCAUUGCUUCCAAACCCUUCCCUGGGGCGGGGCGAGGUGAGGGAUCACCGGCCGAAGGAGGUGCCAAAGGGGAGGCGGGGGCUGGUCCCCGAGCACCAGGGGGCUCUCCGCUCGGUAUCGGUCUGGUCUACACCGAUAAAAAGCAAGCAGCCCCUACGGCCCCGCAUCUGGUGGCAGGGCCCCUUCUGGGGGUGGGCAAGGCCCCCGCUGCCGUGACCAACCUUCUUGUGGGCACCCCGGGAUAUGGUGCCUCUGCCCCUCCGGCUGUGCAGUUCAUUGCCCAAGGACCGCCCGGUGGAGGUGGGGCAGCAGCUGCAGCAGGGCCCCCCACUGGCAGUGGCCCUAAUGGCCCUGUGCCCCUGGGCAUCUUGCAGCCCGCCCCUCUAGGCAAACCUGGGGGCAUCACCCAGGUGCAGUACAUUCUGCCCACCCUGCCCCAGCAGCUGCAAGUGGCCCCAGCCCCGACGGUGCCUGGGCCCAAAGCCGCAGCUGUCGGGGGAUCGGGCCCCACGGCCAGCAUCCGCUUUGCCCUGCCACCAGGAACUGCCACCAAUGGGAAGGUCCUGGCACCAGCCACCCCGGCCCCUGGGAUUCCCAUCCUGCAGCCAGUGCCCUCUGCCGCACCCCCCAAAGCCCAGUCAGUGUCUCCAGUGCAGGCCCAGCCCUCGGCAGGCUCCACCCAGCUGCUGCCCGGGAAGGUCCUGGUGCCCCUGGCGGCACCUGGCGUGGCGGUGCGAGGCGGGGGAGCCAGCCAGUCUCUGCCCUUGGUGAGCCCACCCUUCUCUGUGCCAGUGCAGAACGGAGCCCAGCCAUCUAGCAAGAUCAUCCAGCUCACCCCGGUGCCGGUGACCACCCCCGGCAGCCUGGUGCCCCCGCUCAGCCCGGCCACCCUGCCCAGCCCUGCCUCCCAGUCCCAGAAGGUCAUUCUGCCCUCUUCCACCAGGAUAACCUACGUGCAGUCGGCCGCCGGGCACGCCCUGCCCCUGGGCCCCGGCUCCUCCUCCAGCCAGAGCGCGGCUCCCGGCACGCCGGCCUCCUACGGGCCGGCCAGCUCCGUGGCCCUGGGCUUCACCACCAUCGGGCCCAGCGGUCCUGCCAUAGUCCAGCCCCUGAUCUCAGGCCAAGCCCCGCUUCUGGCCCCAGGCCAGGUUGGCGUGUCACCAGUCCCCAGCCCCCAGCUGCCGCCAGCCUGCACUGGGGGUCCCGUCAUCACAGCCUUCUACCCUGGCGGGCCAGGGGGCCCCUCAGCCAUGCCCCUCCCUCAGCCAACCCCACCAGCCCCCGCCCCCCCGGGUCUCGUCUAUACCGUGGCCACCAGUGCUGCCCCACCUGCUGCCAUCCUGCCCAAGGGCGGGGCACCCGCUCCUCCGGCCCCCACUGCCUCUCAGACCCCUACUAGUCCUUUCCCCAGUGCCACAGGCUCUGUGGCUUACAGCUUGGUGACCCCGAAAGCCCAGCGCCCCCCACCCAAGCCCCCACAGAAAGUGAAGGCGGCCAUCGCCAGCAUCCCCGUGGGGUCCUAUGAGUCGGGGGUCCCUGCCCGGCCGGGUCCCGUCCCCCGGCAGGCUGCGGAGCAGAGCGCCACCAGGGAGGUGCCCCCAGAGGCGGAGGCUGACGGUCGGCCGGCCACCCCCGCGCCCCCACCUCCCCCGGAAAAUUGGGUUCCGCCCGGCCGGGAGAGCUCACGGGCCAGCCCUCCCCCAGGCCCGCCCGCCGAGGAUCGGACAGGAGUCAAGGCACCGGAAAUGGCCGGCAAGAUUCCCAGCUCCCCUGAUUGGCGGAUUCCAGCCCUGGCACUGGAGAGCCGCAGCGAGCCCCCGGCUCCGCCCAGCCCAGCCCCCGCCCCUGGGGGCAGCGAAGGGGGUGGCGGGCGGCCUCCCGGGACCGGGGACACCCCAGAGCGGAAGGAAGCCCCCAGCAAGAAGGUGAAGGUUCGGCCUCCUCCGCUGAAGAAGACCUUUGACUCGGUGGACAACAGGGUCCUCUCGGAGGUGGACUUCGAGGAGCGCUUCGCGGAGCUGCCCGAGUUCCGGCCGGAGGAGGUGCUGCCCUCGCCCACGCUGCAGUCGCUGGCCACCUCCCCCCGCGCCAUCCUGGGCUCCUACCGGAAGAAGAGGAAGAACUCGACGGACCUGGACUCAGCCCCAGAGGACCCCACCUCCCCCAAGCGCAAAAUGAGGCGUCGUUCGAGCUGCAGCUCCGAGCCCAACACGCCGAAGAGCGCCAAGUGCGAGGGCGACAUCUUCACCUUUGACCGCACCGGCACGGAGGCGGAGGACGUGCUGGGGGAGCUGGAGUACGAGAAGGUGCCCUACUCGUCGCUGCGCCGCACCUUGGACCAGCGGCGCGCCCUGGUCAUGCAGCUCUUCCAGGACCACGGCUUCUUCCCCUCGGCCCAGGCCACGGCCGCGUUCCAGGCGCGCUACGCAGACAUCUUCCCCUCCAAAGUGUGUCUCCAGCUGAAGAUCAGAGAGGUCCGGCAGAAGAUCAUGCAGGCGGCAACCCCCACAGAACAGCCUCCCAGUGGGGAGGCCCCUGGCCCCGGGCCUCCCCCGCCAGCGCAGGGACCGCUCCCCCGCCCCCCACCGAGGGCCCCGACUCACCCUCCCCUGCUCCGGACUCCUCGUCCUCCGUCCCUUUGGCCGCCCCUCCCCAAGCCUCGGAGCCAGCACCCAGUGACGCCGGCUGGGACGGGGCCGGCCAGCCUUCCCCUCCCCCGCCCGGACCCUCCCCGGGGGGCAGGUGAGGGGUCCGCAGGGGAAUAUCAUCCCCCAAGAGGAGACAGACGGCCCCGAGCUGGCCCCGGGCACGGCGGUGCAGGGGGCGGAAAGCUGGGGGGGAGGGGGGAGCCCCGUAUGUGAAGCCUCUCUCCAGUGAACGGAGGAGUAAGGUCCCCUCCUCCCACUGCUCCCCUCCCUGGGAUCUGGGGGGGCGGCGGUGGGCAGAGGGGGGACUCCGGCCCCCGCGGAGCCCCUGUACAUAACCUGGAGUUUGUUACCUUUCGAAUCUUUUCACUCUACUUUAUGCAAAAUGGCUCAUGAGGGCAGGACUGCCGGAGGGAAAGCUGGGAGCCCCCUUCCCCCCGGGGGCCGCUGGGGAGAUAGCCCAGAACUGAGGGUAGUGGCGCCCACUUCUCUCUCUCCCCUCCCUCAAGGGGCUGGACUCAGGUUAGUUUGGGGGUAGGGGUGGAGGAUCAGGCCGGGGGGGCUCCUGCACUUUGGCCCGAGGUGGGGGGCAGGCAGGGUGUGCCCCUUUCCUCCUCACCUGCUCCCCCACCAGGCUGUACUUUCUAAGAAGGCAAUUUCCCUGUCCCCCACCCCCAUCCCUGGAACAAUACAUGUUGAUCAUGUGCAAUAUUUCUUACUGUGCCGAGAAGCCUCGAAGACCGAGAUUAAAGCUGUUUUAACACA